AUGAUAUCCCAAUCUGGCUGUGUGCCUGUUUGGCCAGUGACACACCAUCCGACCUCUUCCCUCCAGUUUCAGGAACAUUACCAUUUCUCAUCGACAACGUCAAACCCGUCACUCCCGUUACAAUACCUACCAUUGCAACGUACGAACUCGAUCGGCUCCUUAGUUCCAGGGGCUGGACUCGAACGAACGCCACUAUUCUGCAUCCAUCGCGAAUUCGCCAUCGCCUCUGCCGGUACGGGUCUGGAAUCACAUCCCGCUGGCCGGCACACAAGCGGCCACCAUCCAUCACCAAUCCCCACUACUUGUGCUUGA